UCUCUCUCUGCGUACAUUCGUGGACUCGUCCAUUGCGCCAGCGGCGUUCCCGGGGGUCUUCAUCCUCCCAUGGGAACCCCCUUCUGCUCGCAUUCGUGGUCGGCUAGGUUGCUAACUGGUGGGCUCAAACAGUCUUUACGGUCCCCCAGACGCAUGACAUGGUCUCUCAACUCCUGUCGCCCUCGGAGCCCAAGAAUUUGUCCGAUGUGGCGGUGUUGGUGAUCCUAGGAUUCCACAUCCUUCUCCUGUGGCAGCUCCCCGCGGGCGCCAAAGUCCCCGUCUUUGCCGUGGUCUACCUCUUUUGGCGGGCUUGCUACAAUGCGGGGAUUGGAUGGCUCCUUCAUAACCAGUCCCAUCACAAUACCCUGAUCCGCUGGGCGGAGAAGACCAAGAUCUUUGUGAACCCGGCCACCGGCCAAAACCCGCACCCCACCCUGUACAACUUGGUCAAGCGGGAGCUGGAGACCAAGAUCCGCGCCGACUACUCGUUCGAUAGUGCCCCAAUUGAGUACAACACGUGGCUGGUCUUUAGACGUCUCGUGGAUCUGAUCCUGAUGUGCGAUUUUACAUCAUACUGUCUCUUUGCGAUAGCAUGUAGCCACCACCCCGUCAACGAGAGCGCCAUCAUGACCGUCCUCCGCUGGGCCUCGGGUAUCGUCCUGGUGCUCUUCAACCUCUGGGUCAAGCUGGACGCUCACCGCGUCGUCAAGGAUUUCGCGUGGUACUGGGGCGACUUCUUCUAUCUCAUCGAUCAGGAGUUGACCUUCGACGGCGUCUUUGAGAUGGCGCCCCACCCCAUGUAUUCGGUCGGCUACGCCGGGUACUACGGUAUCUCGCUCAUGGCCGCCAGCUACAAGGUGCUCUUCAUCUCCAUCCUCGCCCAUGCAGCACAAUUCGCCUUCCUGGUCCUCGUGGAGAACCCCCACAUCGACAAGGUCUACAACCCCCCGCCGCCCCGGAAGCGCGCGGCCGACCAGGACGCCGCCACGGCCGCAUCCCAGACGGCAGACUCUCCCAUUGCGCCAACCCCGACUGCACCGACCGACGAGCAAGUGCCCCAUGCGCCACCAUCCCAUAGCACCCCACCGCAGUCGGUCCACAGUCUGCUCGGCCUUCAUAAUCUGGAUCUGUAUCGGACGACCGACCUAUCCUCCAUGCUCGUACAGUUCCUCGUAUUCGCUGUGACCAUUCUCACGCCCUCCACCCCGUGGUACCAGUUCCUCUUCGUGGUGAACGCGACCAUCUGGCGACUGGUGUUCUCCGUGGGUAUUGGAUACCUGCUGGACCGCCAGUCGAACGCCAAGGCCUGGACCCGGCACUUUGUCAAGUACGGCGAAAGCCCCCAGGAGGCGUGGAACCAGUGGAAGGGCACCUACCACCUGAGUAUGAUCAUGUGCUAUGCCAGCUUUAUCGCGGCCGUAUGGAAACUGUACACCGUCCCCGCCGACUGGGCCUAUGGGCUCGUCAUGCUCAGACACGUUCUGGGCGUGGGGCUCAUCUGCCUGCAGAUCUGGACCUCCGUUAGCAUCUACGAGUCCCUCGGCGAGUUCGGCUGGUUCUACGGCGACUUCUUCUAUGAUGAGUCGCCCAAGCUGACCUACAACGGCAUCUACCGGUUUCUGAACAACCCCGAGCGGGUCCUGGGUCUGGCCGGCGUCUGGGGAGCGGUUCUGAUCACGAACAGUGGCGCUAUCACGUUCCUGGCCCUCCUGAGUCACAUCUUAAGCCUGGCUUUCAUCCAAUUCAUUGAGCGCCCGCACAUGCACAAGCUGUAUGGGCAGAGCCUGCGGCGGGAUGCGGGUCUGGUGAAGAGCCUGAAGCGGUCGUUGCCCCCCUCGCUCCGUCAACUGCACGGCAGCGUCGACAAGAUCUUUGACGAGUCGUUUGACUUUAUCGAGGAUAUCAUCGACACGGCCCGUCCCAAGCUCGCCGCCGGUGUCAAUACCUUUGUCAAGGAUACCACCGCGCUGUUCCAGAAGUACCCCGCUCGUGUGACCAUCUCCCGGAUCGACGCCGACAUGGCCGGCUACGAUUCGCGCAAGUAUUCCCUGGAGGUUGAAGGAACCGACUCGUCGUCUUCCGAUGUCCAUGACCCAAGCAGCGGCCGAGAGGGCGCCAACGCCCAAAUGCCGCUCGACCGCCGAGGCGACCUGAAGACCCUGGUUUUCGAGUACGGAUCCCCGCUCAAGGUCAAGUGGGAAGCGCCCCUCAACCACAGCAAACGCGACUGGAUCGGCCUCUACAAGGUCAUCGACAACACCUCGCGAGAAGUCACCCGCGUCUCCUCCCAGGGCCGCUGGGUCGCCGUGAACGCCGGAUCCUACGACAACCUGACCUGCGAGAAGGGCAUCAUCUCCAGCGACGUCGUCCGCAAGACGGAUAACAACGGCGAAGAAGCCACCGGCGAAGUCCUCUUCUCCGGCGACAAGCUCUUCUGGACCCAGGGCGUCUUCGAACUCCGGUACCACCACAACGGAAAGCACAACGUCAUGGCCAUCUCGAGACCCUUCGAGAUCCGCAUCCGCCGCUUCGACGAGGAAGAGCUGCAGAGCCAGGACGACGUCACUCAGGCCGCUGUCGAGAAGAGCUUGCUCCCUGUUAUGCGCAACUGCUUUGACCGCGAUCCGGAGAUUGCGCCCGAGACUGUCGAUGAGCAGUUUGGUUCGUUGGUCGAGCGGGAUGGGAAGUUCGCGAAGCGUGUUGUGUUUGCCGUGCAUCAGAUGUUCGGUAUCGAGUUCGCGCCCGAGGUUGUACGAUCUGACGGGACGGUUCGGAAUCUUGCCUGGCGGAUCUGCAAUGCGAAGAGAGUUUUGGCCCCCUACAGCAUGACAAGAGAUGGCGCAUCAACUCCCACAGAAGAGAAAUAAACAAAUGACUCUUCCAACCUCAGGGACACCUUCUCACACCCUCUUCCCCCUUUCUGCCUAUCUCACCACCACCACUACCACUACUACA